ACCCGUAUUCCGGUACUGCAGUCAGUCCCGGCUCGGCCAUGGCGCGGCUAGGCGCGUUGAUCCUGCUACCGCUGAUUUUCGACUCCGUGUUUUCCAUCUCGUUCUUUCUACCGGUCCGAACGAGGAAAUGUCUGAAGGAGGAGAUCCACAAAGACGUCCUGGUGACGGGAGAGUACGAAAUAAGCGAGCAGCCAAACACCAAAACUAACCUGAAGAUCACGGACUCCUCCGGCCACAUCCUGUACUCCAAGGAGGAUGCCACUAAGGGCAAAUUUGCCUUCACAACAGAGGACUACGACAUGUUUGAAGUCUGCUUUGAGAGCAAAUCCCAGAUGGGAACCGGGAGGGUUCCUGAUCAGCUGAUCAACCUGGACAUGAAGCACGGCGUGGAGGCCAAGAACUACGAGGAGAUUGCGAAGGUGGAGAAGCUGAAGCCUCUGGAGGUGGAGCUGCGGCGCCUGGAGGAUCUUUCAGAGUCCAUCGUCAACGACUUCGCCUACAUGAAGAAGAGAGAGGAGGAGAUGAGGGACACCAACGAAUCCACCAACACGCGCGUGCUCUACUUCAGCAUCUUCUCCAUGUGCUGCCUGAUCGGUCUGGCCACGUGGCAGGUGUUCUACCUGCGCCGGUUCUUCAAGGCCAAGAAGCUCAUCGAGUAGAACCCGCUCCACCAAUCAGAGACCCAGAAUCCCUCUCUGACACCUCACUCUCCCGCCCCUUGUUUUGCUGCCCGGCGUCCGCAGGUUCGUGAAGGUUCUUUGGGAGGAGGGAAACCAGGAGAGGACGUCCAUCAGGUCAUUGUCUGGGCAGUCGGCGGCCAUUUCCACUUACUCAGCGUCUGUGUUUUUGGACGAACCACACGUUUAUCGCUUCACACCGUUUUUUUUUUUUUGGUUUGUUUUUUGUUUUUUUUGUUUAUUACUACAUGCAACCUAAACGGAUCCUUAAUAUGUUUAGAAACGUACAUUUGAACUUCCAGACCCGACGAGCCGCUUUGUGAUGAGUGAUUAGAGGUGCAUCCAUACCACAGUGUCUCAGUGAUCUCAAUAACUCUGAAUAAAACUAUAUUAGUUUCCAUUGUUAUAGCGAUUCUGCCCAGUAUAAACACUUAAUAACACUUCAUUUGAAGGACGCCUACAUAGAGACUCGCAGAGAUGUUGAGUAACAUACCUAAAAAGCAAUAUUGUUAUAAUAAUUGUUACAAUAUAAUAAUGUGGGUACAUAUGAGUCAAAAACAGUAAAAAAGAGAAUAAUAUACUAUAUUUAAUCUCAUAUGGUUUGCACUCGUUAUUAAAGGGGAAUUCCACCAAUUUUUCAGAUUUCCUGUAUAAUUCAGAGUGUGAGAUGUAAACAGAGAGAUUCAGAGUGGUUUGGUGUGAAAUGAUUCAGAUGUCUUCACAGUGGUGGUGACAGGAACCAGGGGUCGCCAUGACUACAAUACAAAUAUAGACAUUUUAUUUACUAUCCAGAACCACCAGUGAACCUACACGAGUCCUCUGAGUUUAUAUGGAAUGUUGAUGAUGGAAAAUAGUGGAAGAUCUGAAAUAAUAAGUUUUCUUUGGGGACUAUUUUGUAUCCCUCCACCAUGAAUGGAUUUAAAGUUCUCAGAACUGUCAUGAAACAGUGUCUCAGUCAUCAGGCAGUGAAUUCAUAACCAUUUCCGUGAGGGAGCUUUCAGAGGUGGAUGUCUGGUUCCUGUCACCACCACUGUGAACAGUUCUGACUCGGUAAGUUUCACACCAAACCACUCUGAACGGCUCUGUUUACGUCUCAGUCAGUUAAUUAAGCAGUUCUGGGUUUCUAUUGGAGUCAAAAUACAAAAGUGCAGUUUCUAUUAAGUCUAAAAUACUCAUAUUGAAAUAUCAUCCAGUGCUUUCGAGUGUUGUGAAGUCUCUAGGCAGGUGGUCUUCAAAUAAAAUGUUUAUAAAUGGACCAGAGUGGUGCGUCCAUCUGCAGGACUGGUAAUUGAAGGUAAGUAAUUGGGAAAUUGGUGUUGGUGCAUCUCUGCUGUUAAUCACUGAAGCGCCUGUAUGUAUUUCCUCUUAUUCUAAAUGCUGUUAACUGUAAGUAAUGAUGGGAUGACUGAUUACCCUGAGCUGCAAAGCUGUUGUUGUCCAGAAAGUCCCGCUCUCAGCGCCAUACAUGAAGUUCAUUUGCGCUCUGCUGAAGCUCAACAUGGAAGAAAGCUCAUUUUUACUUUUUAAUUUUAUAAUUAUUUUUGUUUUUUUGCUGUCAAAAAAGCACAUUUCAUGGUGCUGAUUAGAUCCAGCUUAGCUUAACUACGCCGCCUCUUCCUUUAGCUUUUUUUCUUUAGCUGUUUUGGUGGGACUUUUACACUUAGCGCACGUUGUUGUCGUAGCUUCCUGACACCGAGUGCGUUAACAUGCACUCAAUAAUCUGAUCAUAAUAAUCAGAUUUCUGCAGUUAUCCAUCAUUCAAAUGGUCAUGUAAACACCACACUGCAACAAUAAAGAGGCUGGAUUUGAGCUCAGUAGUCAGACUUCUCAGCGCAUGUGAACUCUUACUCUGAUUUCUUUCGGAUUUCUCAGUCUGAUCAGUUUUUCCGUAAAGGAGUGUCUUCAGCGCUGGUUCUUUAACUGGCGGUGGAUCCUACUAACAAUGAGGCAACAAAGCGGAAAUAUUCAACUUUGGAUGUGUUUAAUUUUUUAUUUUAAUGUAAUUAUGAGAUGGUGGAUGUAUUAACAUGAAGAUUCGGCUGGUUUGCGGGGACUAGGCUCAUUAGGUGGUGAUGGUUUUUGUUUUGUUUUGUUUUUUGCUGCCGGGCCGUCAUUUGGUCACUAAUUUUUGAUCUGUUUUGUGGACGUUACCAUGUUGGUUUCAAUUUUGCGGCAAUUCAUUUUAACAGUCGAAUUGUCAAUAAAUUGUUAGUAAAAAAGGU